AUGGUAUUGGAUGUGGGAAUGGAUCCGCCGAUACCGACGAUACUUCAGGUGCCGGGAGAGGUGUCAUUCUAUAUGCAAUCGGGUCUUAUGAAAGAUACCAUUAAAGUGGACACAAGCGAACUCACGCUCAAGUCGUUGAAGGAAAGUGCAUGCAAUUUCAUCGAUAAACAGUACCCCGACCAUGGCCUCAAUCGAUUAACAGAGAGGCUUAUGCUAUUCAAACACGACUACAACUCGCAAAACAUGCUUUUGCCCGUCAAUGCGGCCUCAGAUGUGACCGACGGCGCGCUCAUCGAAAUCAUUGUUUCAGGCAACAAUCCAUCGGAUUCGGUGCAAAUCAGACCGCAUUACUUAGGGGUCCACUCGUAUAAGGCGCCAACUUUUUGUGAUUUUUGCGGCGAAAUGCUGUUUGGAUUAGUCCGUCAGGGACUGAAGUGCGAGGGCUGUGGACUUAAUUACCACAAACGGUGCGCCUAUAAGAUACCCAACAACUGUACGCACGGCCGCCGUCGCCGAUCCUCCACUUAUUUAGUGCCAAACAGUCCAACAAACGAGUCGGCUAUACAUCGAACCACCAGUAGUGGGCCAACACUUACCGACGAAAUGAGGAUUGCGCGCAAAGCUAUGACUUAA